AUGCAUGCAUCAAGUAGAAGUGUAGUGAUAUUUGUAUGUAUUUUAUUUGGUGUAAGUGGAAGUGAAAAUGAGAUUGCGAGCGAACAUUCUUUGGAGUUGACCCAGUCCUUGAACUUGGCGCGUCAGGAACUUAUACAGGAGAAGUGCGCGCGCCUUAACUUGAAAUGGGGGCUCGAUGAUCUUCCACCAAAUCAACUGGAACAUAUCUUAGUUGAUGAUGAGCAUAAGCUUCUUUACUGUUAUGUGCCAAAGGUGGCCUGUACAAACUGGAAGAGAAUACUCAUGAUAUUAGCUGGAAAAUGGAACGACACUGAUGUUCUUUCUAUUCCUGCAAAUCUUUCUCAUUCUCCUGGGAUGUUCAGAAAUCUCAGUUCUGUAUCCAAAGAAGAUAGAGAUAAAAUGCUUGAAAAUUACCAUAAAAUGAUCAUAGUGAGGAAUCCAUUUGAAAGAUUAUUAUCUGCAUAUAGGAAUAAAUUGGAAGGUGAUUUGCCCAGCGCUAGAUAUUUUCAAGAUCGCGUGGGCAAGCGCAUUAUAAAGGCGUUUAGGGAGAACCCAUCGAACGAGUCCCUAGAAUACGGACACGACGUGACGUUUAAGGAGUUCGCGUUGUUCCUAACAAAUAAUUCGAAGGAACUAGCGGAUGUAGUUAAUAACGAACACUGGCAGCCAAUAACAAGUCUCUGUCAUCCGUGCCUCAUCAAAUACACUUUAGUUGGUAAAUACGAGACGUUAGUGGAUGACUCUCUACUGGCCUUGCAUACAAUAAACGGUUCGCACAUCCAGUUUCCACGUCUGGCCCACACUUCGGGGACCGCAGAAAAACUACGCAAGUAUUUCUCCCAACUCGACCUACCACUUAUAAGGAAACUCUACAAACUGUACAAAUAUGAUUAUAAACUAUUUAAUUACGAUCUAGACAAUAUUGUCGGUUUUGAUCUGGGA